AUUUUAUUCAGUUCCUAACUUUGCAACCGAUAAGACAAGACAUAAAUAAUGAAAAAAAAUACUUUGGUAGUUCUGCUUCUCCAAUUUCAUUUGGCAUUAUGGUCCACACCAUGCGACGCUAAAGAAGAAUAUAUGGGAAGUCUUUCCAUUGAUGGCCCAACAAAUCAGACACACCUCCUUCAGCUGCGUGAGGAUGGUGUAGAUGAUCCAGAUAUUGACCCCGUGGAGGAAUUAAUGUACUUUCUGGAUCUGGGUGAACGCGAAAUACAACUAACAAAGCACAGGAAUAUUGUUUUACUGGUGGGAUUAACGGGAACUGGAAAAACCACUUUACUACAGUUUGCGGCAAAUGACAGCAACCGAUUAACGUCCGUUGAAAAAUGCCCAGGUUGUGGAGAAUACUAUCUUCGGGAUGAAGGAGGCUACGUCGGAAACCAGAGUUUGGUUUCACAAACAUUUUUGCCAAACUUUCUCUACAACAAUUUAAUGGAUACUGCUCUCUAUGAUUGUCCUGGUUUUGAUGAUAACAGAAAUACAACAGUAUCAAUUGCUAAUGCCUACUUCAUCAAAAAAAUAACUAAUCACGCUCAAACCGUUAAAAUUGUUGUUGUUGCAACACAUGGGUCAUUGGACGCUUCAGAUCGAAGCUCUUUUCCUAAGCUGUUGACUAACUUACUGGUUCUAUUGAAAGAUCCGAGUAAAAUUUCGGAUUCUAUUGCCAUAAUUGGAACAAGCAGUACCCCAGUCCACUUACAACCAUUCAACUUUAUCAGUAAAUACAGCUACUUUAUUGACACCGAAGCCAGAAGAUAUAUCGACGAAGUAUACGACGAGCCACGAAAAACUAAGGCUUUGCAAUUAAUCGACUCUUUCUUGCACAAAAAUACGAAUGGUAAUUAUACGCAAAUCGGAUAUUUUAGAGCCCCAAGUAGUUCAGGCCCACUGGAGAUGAUGGAAGAAUUCAUAGGAAACAAAGCAUUUGUUCGGUCCCUUAUAAUAGACGAGCUCCAAUACGCACCUACAACAUCGGAUGAUUUUGGUUAUUCACCGGGUGAGGACGCUAGAUUUGUAAUAGUUGGCCUUGCAGGCAAUGUAAGCAUAUUAAUUAGGGAAGAAUUAAGAAAUUUUACAACUGAGGAAACCAGAAUUUUUGUAACUGAACUACAAAGGCUAUUCGACAUAGGUGACUCGGAUAAAAUUUUGUUGAAUAAGCUCAAUCUUCUAUUCAAUGUCACGUUCCCGAUAACAGAGAAUGGCAAUGCAGACUUUUUUUCUAAUUAUACAAAUGAAAUAAUUACAAACGCUGAUUUAUUUAGCAUGAGUUCCAUUUCAAGUCUUAACUCAAGUUUGGUGAGAUAUACAAAUUACUUGGAUAUCUUAAAGAUGGUUAGCGAAUUUACGAUCGAUCAAUCAAACUGGAUUACUCCAAUCUUAGCAAUGCGUUCCGAAGUAACACUCACUAUUAACCCCUAUUUAUCACAAGCUAACAUUGAUAUAAAAGAACUAAUUGAAAUUUUCUCGGCAAAUGUACAAGAGAGUGUGCAAUCAGAUAUCGACAAUCUGAUUAACCAGAACUCCGACGCAGAAGAAUUUAUAGCAAGGCUUCAGUCAAUUUCAAUGUCUACGUAUCCCAUAUGCGAGGGUCCCAGUAGGCAAAUAUCUUCUUGUAUUUCUCAAAUUCUGUCCAACACUAAUGGCUUUGGAGGACAGCACUAUGCUUCAUUUAACGCAACCUUAAGUCGGCAGGCGGAAAUUUUGAAAGACCUUGAAAUGGCGUAUGAUAAAGACACUGGACUCUUAAAUCCUGCUCAAUGGGUAUUGGCUUUAAUUAACUUGGGAAAUAAUAUUAUGUUGAAGAUACCUGACAUAAUAAUUGCUUUCAAUCAAAUUGUCAAAUAUGAAGUUGAAAAAUUUGCAAAUUCGACGCAAGUAGCGCUCACAAAACAACUAGAGAUGUUCAUAACAGAUGUGGAACAAUUUCCGGACGAACUUGUGUUUCUACAAUCUGCAACGUAUCCAAUUUGCGAGUCUGAUAGUGCAUCGUCGUUCAACAUGUAUACUGGGGAAAUUCUGAACGAAGCGCAAAAAUUCGCUUUAACCGACUUUGAAAUUAUCAACUCAGCGCUUUCAAGGUUUGGAGAACUGUUUGAGUCUAUUUACAGAAUUUCAGAAUUUAACAAAGCCUACGUUACUCCAAACCUUUGGAUUCUUCCUUUGAAGGGUUUAAACAUAACUAUUGCUCAGACUAUCAAUACAGUGUCAUCUGAUAUUGCACGCAUUGUCACAACUACCUCGUCACAAACUGCAGCAGAAAUUGAUACUCUCUUCCGUAAUUGGUUCAUCCAAUUUUACCAAACCCAAGACCUACCUCAUCCAAAUUUUGAAAACUUCCUCGGCAACCUUACAAUCGUAACAUAUCCCACAUGCACAAAUCAGACCCUUCCAAUCCAAUGCAUAUCAGAAAUGAUAAAUGGCAUUAAGGCAGUCGGAUUACCCGCUGAUAGCAAUCGUAUAAGUCGGCUUCAAACAAAUCAUGCGCAGUUCCAAAGAAUCAUGGAUGUCGGGUAUGAAAUUCAUAUCGUAAGCAGACCUUGGGUUGAAAGUCUACUUCGAGUCUAUCCAAAUAUUCAGAGGUUUGUGUCAGAUGAUAUAGUCCAACAUAUUAUACUACAGGGUGCGACAAGCAUUGGAAAUGUGACAGACUCCUAUAAAAAAUUCAUUUCAGAAAAACUAAGGGAUGUACAAUCGAUAGGAGAGCAAGAAACUGAGGUGUACGGAUUUGAGCGAAAGGUAUUUACACUGGUUCAGAGAGCAGAAGAAAAAUAUAACGAAUCAGCUACAACAGCAGUUGCAUUUAUGCAAACCUUAGUGACACAAUUCGAAGACGUUUUUCCUGCUAUCACGAAUGAGAUGAGAGAAAGAAUUCAGAGGAGUAUGUCACUAUUUCGUGUCCUGCAAAAACUUCCCCAACUACCUUGGAGAUCAGAAGUUUGGUUUAUCAAAAUUUAUUCUUUAAAAAGCGCAAUAAUUUCUGAAACUACGUGGGUAACGUUUUUGCAAGCAUUGUAUAACGAUCUAACUAAAUACAACACCCAAAUUAAAUCUGAUAGUGGAGUAGAAAGAAAGAUUCACGGAUGGUGGCGAACUUUUGGCCAAAUCUCUCUAACAAAUUUUAAUGAAUUCUGGAACUAUUUAAAAAACGAAGGUGUCCCAACAAUGACUCAUGGUAAUAUGGACAUUGUUCGUAGCGUCUUGAACUCUUCUGAUGGUACACACAAGAUUGCGCAAAUUAACCAAUUUUUAAACACGAUAUUUCCUCCAGUACCUACUUGCGCCCAUUCAAAUGGAAUUCUGAAAUGCUUUGGAGAUUUUCUUUCGUUUAACGAAAUAAUUCGGUCUACUAGCAACACGUCACCUCCACACACAGUUGUAAUUUUGGCAUUUAACACAUUAUUCAUUGAUUCUCGAUUUUCUGGAUCGCAGAUUAACGUAAAAAAUAAUAUCAAAAUUUUCUUGAUGGCACCCAAAGUCAACCUUCGUACGAACGACCCGUUUGACUUAGCUGGAGCUAAUUCGACUCAGAAUUCUGAACAUGGAAAUAACGCUGGAUCAGCAUUUUAUAUAUAUGACAGUCUUGAAGGAGGUGCAUUUAGAUUUUCAAAUUUAACUGGCGGGACUGGAGCAUCUGGGUUAAAUGGAACUAACGGAGGACCUGGACAAAAGGGUCUGACAAAAUCGUUUUCUAUGGGCGCAGACUGUCACGCAUGGUCUGGGGGCUAUAUUAGAAUUACAAUCUAUCCAAAUAGUUGCAACAGAAACUCAGAGGAGACAUGUCACGCAGGCAAUUCCGGUGUGAAUUUCACAAUUGAUGGAGGAGCAGGAGGUCGUGGCGCCAAUGGGGGUCCAGGGGGGAAUGCAGGUGCUGGAGGAUUUCCAGGUCAACUUUCGACGGUGGACGUGAAUAUCAACAAUGCAAUUGCAAUAAGCAAAGGAACAUGCGGAACCAACGGAGCACGCGGGAUUGGGGGUUCGGGUGGACUUGGCGGAUAUUAUGGAGACACACUACGAAGGUGUGUUGAUGACGUGUCUAGUGGAACUCAAAAAGUGUGUCAGCAAGGAGGCUGUAGUUCAGCCACUUAUCCCAAUGUACCUUUAUUGAUACGGGGGCCUAGUGGAGAAAGGGGAAGUGACGGCAUCGUUACCAGUAAUGGUUGUACUACAUCAUACGUGCCAUGGCCAACUGCAGAAAUCAAACCCUACUAUGAUGGAUAUUUCACUCAAUCUGAAACUAUAAAAAACAACUUUUUCAUGGGACAACAAUUGAGUACGUUUCUUGCAAAGGCACGCUCACACACUGGAUUAAGAAACAUGUUUAACUAAAGUCCCUCUUUGGCUUUAUUCCUUUUAAAACUUAAAUUUCCGAUGGCACAGUUAUUGCUGAAUUGUGUCAAUUUAAAACAAUCUAGAUAAGGAUUUCAAAAUUUCUAUAGAAAAUAUUUAUCCCAUAUUGUUAUUAAAAUUUCGUUACAAAUUUAAUUGUUUGUGGACCGAUGUAUGUAUUUACUGUUAAAAUAUCAUGGCAUGUGCGAAUAUGUAACUAUUACAAUACAUCUAUUUUAAUUAUUAUUUUAAGUAGGGAUAAAUAUGUACGGCGCUGGUCGUUUAGCUUUUUCUUCAAAUAACGAUAUACAUACGUAUGUACAUGAAGAUUCUGCAUAUAAUUCUAUGUACUCUAUUGAAAUAAAUAAACAAAAUAUUCUUGCACAACA